CUCGUUUCCGAGUGUUGAGCAGCAGCAGCGGAGUCUCCGGUCUGUCUGUAUCAGAAGCAGCGGUUUUACUCAGCUCAUCACAGCGGGAUAACCCGGCGUUACAGCCCGACUCGGGAUAUAUUUCCACAAAACUGACAGAAUGUCCAGCGAGGUCCAGCCUAGGCCGGACGACAGUCCCAAUACAAGCGGAGGGAGUUCCGAUGCUGAACAAAGAGAUGUAACAUCCUCAGCACAGCCUGACGAUAGAGAACGGGAGCGGGAACAGGCUCCACCAAAAAAGAAAGAGGCCAGGAUUGCCAACAAGACUCCUGCUAAACUUUCCACCAGUGCCAAGAGGAUUCAGAAGGAAUUAGCAGAGAUAACCCUUGACCCCCCUCCAAAUUGCAGUGCCGGUCCAAAAGGAGACAACAUCUAUGAGUGGAGGUCCACCAUCCUGGGUCCUCCAGGCUCUGUGUAUGAGGGAGGGGUCUUCUUCCUUGACAUUGCCUUCACCCCAGACUACCCCUUCAAACCUCCUAAGGUGACGUUCCGUACCAGGAUCUAUCACUGCAACAUCAACAGUCAGGGCGUCAUCUGCCUAGAUAUCCUGAAGGACAACUGGAGCCCGGCGCUCACUAUCUCCAAGGUUCUACUGUCCAUCUGCUCCCUCCUAACAGACUGCAACCCUGCGGACCCUCUGGUGGGAAGCAUUGCCACACAGUACCUGACCAACAGAGCAGAGCACGACAGGAUAGCCAAACAGUGGACCAAACGCUACGCCACAUAGACCCUCCCACGAUGCUCUGAAGCUCCCAGACGUUCCCCUUGCCCACCCUGACCCCACAAUGAACUGUCCUUCGUUUCUUGUUGACUUGAACGCUUUUUAUACAGUGUAUGUAUACUAAGAGCAGGCAGAUCAGGAUUGUACUUUUCCAAUACGCUGAAUGUUGGCAUGGUCAUCAAAAGCUUUAUUAUUAUUAUUCGUAAUGUUGUUAUAUUGCUAGUAGGACUGUUCUGCUAUUGGUCUGCAUUAAUAUGUCGUGCACUUCUGAUUGAUUGGAGUGCACUUUAUUACUUUGUGUUCAUUGUUUUGUUGUUUUUUUAAGGGGGGGUUGGGUUGAGUGGCUUGUCAUGUAUUUAGUUUAUCACUGACUCUGGGGUUGGGGGAGUCCAGGCAACGAUCACUGAAUCUUUUUCAUUAAAUGGACAAUUUCUUUUUCUUUGACCCAUGUUUUAGCCUCCCUGUUUACCCCGUUCAAGUUGUAUAUGUGGAACACUAUGGCACUGGCCUGUUUAUUUCAAAAUGCCUCGUAGCGUCUAGCCUGCAGCUAGCCGUGCGCGGGUAAAGACUGUUUGUUGUAAAAUGCACAUUGUGAGAGAUCAAUGCUCUGUAAGUAAUUGAGUGAAUAAACGACGUGUUGAGCUGAAGAAUGGCUCGGUU